AUGUCCCCAGCAACAAAGUCCAAGCCCAAGGAGAAGUCAUCUUCAAAGUUGCCCAAGGAGCAGUCUCCGAAGCCUUCUUUGAAGCCCUCGACUGCACCAGUCAGUGGUGGGGCCAGCAUCCUGGGAGGUGCCUACAAUCCACUAUCAGGAACAUUCCACAGCAUGGAGACUGUACCAUCCUCUGCAAUCCCCUUGGCACCCCAAGUUAACAGCCGGUUUCAGAGCAUCGAUGACAGUGACGACCACUCGGGGGGCUCUAGUGGGCUGCGAGAGUACGAUUCUGUCUCCAACGAGAGCUGUUCAGGGGACUCCUCGGAGGACCCCAAGGAGAAGCCAGGGUCCAUGUCCAAAUCCCACCAGGAGGCUGUCCCCGGCUCUGACAUGGAGAAGAGAGAGAAGAUCAGACAAAAGAACGAGAGGAAGCACCAGCGGCAGCGGCAGCGGCGCGCUGAGGAGCUCUUCAGCCGCUGUACAAGCUUCCUCAUGUCGAGGAAGCUGGACAUUCUGGCCCAGCAGCUGGUUGCCAUGGGUUUGCCCUACGAACAGGCCACCAGAGCGCUCAUAGUGACCGGAGGCCAGGUCGAGGAGGCUGUGGCAUGGCUGUUUGAGGCUGGGGAGGGGGAGGAGAAGGCGUCAGGCUCUGAUGGUGACGAUCGUCCAAGGAUCGACAUCGAUGAUGAGUUGGCCAGGAUGGCCACGAUGGAGGCAGAGUUCAAAUGUUCGAAGCAGGAAAUUCACAAGGCGGUCGUGGCCUGUGGGGGGGACCUUGAAAAGGCAGCCGAGGUAUUGAAAGCUCAGAAGCAUGACCCGCCAUCACCACCAGCUUCCCCCCCGUCAAAAGAAGAAGGCCCCAGCAGCCAGUCUGCCACCUGCCAUGGUGUGAUCAGGUCUCCUCCUCCUAGUCAGAGCUCAGCUCCAAGAUCACAAGUGAAACCACUCAUCCCUAUGGCUUCCCAGCAUCAGCAACAGCAGCAGCAGCAGAGAAGACAGGAAGCAAGCAAGGGGGUCAUCUCUCUCAGCUCUAGGGACAGAAUCCUGCCAACACCGCCAGGGGUGCCCCCGAAGGCAGAGCGGCCCAAAGCUCAAGCUCCCACCCCUCCAGCACAGAAGAGGCUGCUGCCAACUGCCUGCCUGCCUGGCCCGUCCUCACCACCGCUGCUGCCCACUCGACUCGGAGCUCUUCCAGCAGCAGCCGAAGCCCGUGGUGGCACCACAGCUGCUUCCGAUGUGGUCAGUGGGUUUGGGGUGAAGACGAGCCUUCCAGCGGCAGCAACGCGAGAGACGGUGGUCGUGAUGCAGCGGCCUCAGUCCUAUGCAAAGGAGAACCUUCUCCCCCCUUCAUCAGGUGUCAUCCAUGGCGGCUCGCCGGCGGUGACCUCAGGAUGGCUUACGACUGGGAUUGUGAAUGUGGAGGCAAUGAAGGCGCCUACCCCGCCCAAUCAGGGCCAUCACCGCCACCCGCUCCCUAACACCACGGAUGCAGCCACCACAGGGCGGAGCUUUGCAGGAUACACGCAGCCACCUCCCUCAUCCCUGCUCACCAUGCCGUCAUCUUUGGGACUGUUCACAGGGUGGGGCUCAUCAGGGUUACCUGGCGGCUCAUCCUCAUCGGUCAACUGGAGCAGCAGUGGCGGCUCAAUGAUGACAUGCGACUACAACUAUGUGGACUGGAGCCCAAACUCAGCCGCCACCUCCUGGCAGCCCUUCCCUGCCGUUGGCAGGGCCACAAUUCAGGACAUUGGGGGGUGGACAAUGAGGGCAGCCGCGGUGGCAGCAGCAGCGGCGGCGGCGGCAGAGCAGCACGGCCCAGUCCGAGCGGCGGUCAUGUGUGAGCGUGGCUUCCCCGUGGAUCUCAGCACCAGAGCCUCUGCUGCUGAUGGGACCAGGGAGUGGACCAAUGCAUUUGCAGGGGGGGACAUGUUCAGCCUGUCGAGGAAGGUGGUCAUGUCGUCUCCCUGA